GGGGGCCGGAGCCUGCGGAGCCUCAGCGAUGUGCGGACACGCCGGCCGGGUCCUGAGGAGCGUCCCCAAUGCCUUCCUAGUCCCUCCGCGCAAACGGAGUCAGGGCGGGACCCAGAGUGGCCUGAGUGCCAUGGGCUGGCCAAGAGCCAAACUUGGGGUGAGAGCAGUAGCCGCUGCGUCCCGGAGUCCGAGCCCACGACGAAUGUUGGCAGAGUGGGCCAGGCUGCGGAGACGGUCACGUCAGUAUCCAUUCCCGGCUGGCCGGCCGGCGGUCUUGGUUCACCAGGAACGUCAGCAGUGAUGUUAAAAAUAACGAGUCUCACAUGCCGGGAGGACUUGGGUACCGUUGAAGGCCUGCCCCUGAGUGGCUUCCCCAGAACAGCUGGGAUUUGUGACCAGGUUUCCUGUGGCCCUGUAGCGGCAGCUUUCCCGAAGGAUGAGGCAAAAAAAACAGCAACUGGCAGAGGCAGAGCAGCCACAGAGCCCGUCAGAUACAGCCCAGACACAUUCUCUCAAGGAACCCAAUGUGGAACUGCCCACGACCCUGGGCCCUUACUGCAGUGUCUAUUUCUCAAGCCCAAAGGGGAAUCUUACCCGACUAGGGUUGGAAUUUUUCGAUCAGCCAGCAGUCCCCCUCGCCCGGGCAUUUCUGGGACAGGUCCUGGUCCGGCGACUCGCCGAUGGCACAGAGCUCCGAGGCCGUGUUGUGGAGACCGAGGCAUACUUGGGGCCAGAGGAUGAAGCUGCCCACUCAAGGGGUGGCCGGCAGACCCCCCGCAACCGAGGCAUGUUCAUGAAGCCAGGGACCCUGUAUGUGUACAUCGUCUACGGCAUGUACUUCUGCAUGAACGUCUCUAGCCGAGGGGAUGGGGCUUGCAUCCUGCUGCGAGCACUAGAGCCCCUGGGAGGCCUGGAGACCAUGCGGCAGCUUCGCAGCACCCUCCGGAAAGGCACUGCCUGCCGCACCCUCAAGGACCGUGAGCUCUGCAGUGGCCCCUCCAAGCUGUGCCAAGCCCUGGCUAUCGACAAGAGCUUUGACCAGAAGGACCUGGCUGAGGAUGAGGCCCUAUGGUUGGAACAUGGCUCCCUGGGGCCCAGUGAGCAAGCUGUGGUGGCAGCAGCCCGGGUGGGUGUUGGCUAUUCAGGGGAGUGGGCCCAGAAGCCCCUGCGCUUCUAUAUCCGGGGCAGUCCCUGGGUCAGUGUGGUGGACAAAGUGGCUGAGCAGGAUGCACGGGCCUGAGCAAAGUACCUGCUCAGACAAGGAUUUUUAAUUGUUUAAAAACCAAAUAAAUUCUUUAUUUCUAGAAAA